AUGCCAUUCGAUCAAAAGAAAUAUAUUAAUCAUGAAAAACAUUUUCAACGUGGGACGUUAACUGAUAUACGUGGUCAGCCAAAAAAAUCUGGAGCUGGUAACGGCAACUGGGGCGUUCUUGGUGAUGAAAUCAAUGUAAUUACACCGGAAGAAUUCGGUAAAAUAAAAAUUGCCAUAAUGAUGCCAAGUGAUACUGGUAGACAACUAUCAUUAUUCUAA